UGCAAAUAUUGAUAAGCAUGUAUAAAAUUAGCCCAACUCCGGUUAUCGUUGCUAUAAAAAGCCGAUCCACGCCAGGGAAGUGCGAUACAUCAACGCCGUUGAACAACAAAAAGGUUGAGUGCCAACGUCAGGUUCAGUGAAUUCAACGCAAACGCAGUGUACAAAGGAAGGCAGGCGUUUUCCAAGCGGUUAAGUCCACACACAUAUAAUACUUGUAUAAGAAACAAAAUAAGCUCUACUAUGUACCACUUUAACAUCAAAAUAAUUGAACUCUUUUCGUUCGUACUACUACUCUCAUUGCAAACGAUGACUGCACGGCCGCUCAGUACUUACGACCACAAGUCAGCCACACAGCAGCCAUACGAUGCUUUGUCAAAGACGAGAGGCAGAGACCCUGUCAUGGUCACUGAGUUCCCACAUGCCGUCGAUGAGCCAAUAUUACACGAAUUGGACGCAGCUUUGAUGAAAUUGGCCAAUGUUUAUAUGCAGGCGCUUUUCUCCGGCACACACACGGCUGAGUUGGAGGCAGAGUUGGCUGCCUUGGAGCUGCGAUUCUACGAUUUGUUAGACAUGCUUUACAGGGAGGAUCGUAUGCCAGAAUAUAUGAAAUAUGAGGCCGAGGUCACGCAUCAAAUGAUUGUCUACAACUUGCUGAAGAGGCUCUUUGGCUACGCAAAGAAUGAUGAGGCCGCGUAAAAAGCUGAUGGAGGUGGCAGAGGCAAGAUAUGAAGAUCGCGUGAGCGCCAGAGCUAGCAGUAAAUAAUGGGACUCGCAAUGAUCAGCUUGCAGCUCAGCUGACUUUUCUCAAAAUAGUGGGGUUAUUGUGUCUGGCAAGAGAUCAAAUGGUGAAUGAAAUACUUUGUGCAAUAGUGGUUAUGAAAUUAGAGUUUUAAAUGUGUGCUGUGCUUCGAAAGAGAAUACAUUUAAAGAAUGCUCCUGUAACUCUUGCAAAGUCCAAGCAGUGACAUUUCUCAUAAUGCGAGUAUUUUGGUAUAAAUUAUUGUUCGAGAAUGAAAAAAUAGUAUGUACUUAUUACAGAAACACAAAUUGCAUACAAAUAAAACGCUACUGAAUCACCCCUUAAUACCCUUAAAUAAAAAUGCAGAUAUUUUUUAAAUAUUUUGAAAAUUUAUUUCCACUUUUGGUUUAUACAUCCACUCUUAAAAUACAAAUCAAGUAAUUAAUUUUUCUACUUUGCUC